GUCGUGUGGUCUACUCGGCCGGCAACAUGCUACGCUUCUUGGUGCUCGCCACCCUGGUCCUUUAUGGACACAGCACCCAGGACUUUCCAGAAACCAACGCCCGGGUAGUUGGAGGGACUGAGGCCCGGAAGAAUUCCUGGCCCUCGCAGAUUUCCCUCCAGUACCUCUCUGGGGGCAAAUGGUAUCACACCUGUGGGGGGACCCUCAUCAGACAGAACUGGGUGAUGACAGCUGCUCACUGCGUGGACCGCAAAAUGACCUUCCGUGUGGUGGCUGGAGAGCACAACCUGAGCCAGAACGAUGGCACCGAGCAGCGUGUGAGUGUGCAGAAGAUCGUGGUGCAUCCCUACUGGAACAGCAAUAACGUGGCCGCCGGCUAUGACAUUGCCCUGCUGCGCCUGGCCCAGAGAGUUACCCUCAACAACUAUGUGCAGCUGGGUGUCCUGCCCCCGGCAGGGACCAUCCUGGCCAACAACAAUCCCUGCUACAUCACGGGCUGGGGCAUGACCAAGACCAACGGGCAGCUGGCCCAGGCCCUGCAGCAGGCUUACCUGCCCAGUGUGGACUACGCCACCUGCUCCAGUUCCAGCUACUGGGGCUCCACCGUGAAGAGCACCAUGGUAUGCGCUGGAGGAGACGGAAUUCGCUCUGGAUGCCAGCCGCUCUACACUGACAAUUCUCUGAGGCAGUUGUGUCUCCAGAUCCCUUGCCACUGGAGUUUCCCAAGAGUGUGUCUUCUGGGUUUUCAGACUUCUGGGUCCCCCAACUCUUCACCUCAGAAUGGAUCCGCUCAUUCCCACCGAGCUCCUUCCCAGCUCUUCCUUCUGCCCUCAGAUCCUCAGCCACACCUUCCAUCUCUCCAGAGCCUGUGUCUCUUUUCAAGUCAAUUAACAUAAGAUGAUAGUGUUAUAUGUAAUUUAAUUACCUUCCAUUCCUCUAGCCCAGAAACACUCUCAACCCUCUAUUAGAAUUUGGGUGGAAGAUUUUUAGGUUGUUUUGUUUGAUUUGUUUUGAGUGCAGUAGUCUAAAGAAAACAUCCUCUUUUCCUAAGCAGUAGUUGGGGUGUGGUACGGCUAGUUCCUUUUUAAAAGAAUCAUCCCCAAUUUGAACUUUUGGUGUCUUUUCCUUUAAACUUCAAUUUUUAAUGAGGCUAUAUGUAUUAAAUUGCUUAAGGUGACAAAUAAAACUAUGAGUUUAAUGAUG